CAGACACGCCUCCCAUAGUGACGUCACAGCGGCGCGACUCAGGCGUGUUUUCACGGAGGAAAGCAGAACCGAAAGGAAGAGAACAUGUAAAACACCCUUGUGAGGGGACAUAAGGGAUUUACAACCGUGCCAGUGUGGGAGUGAGAUGAAACAGCCCUGAAAGACUCAAACUUUCCUCCGUUGGAGCCGUGUAGGUGAUCGUGAUGGAGAAGUGUCUGUGGUGCACCACGUUCCUGGAGGUGGAGGGAGACGUGGCGAUCGUCACCAUGUUGCGUCGCUACAGCUCAGGACAGCUGUCUGAGCGAGAGAUGGACUCUCUGAAUGAAGACCUCAGCUGCUGUCUGGAGUGUGUGGUGGAAUAUCAUCGAGCCAGAGACAAGGUCCCUGAUCUGCACAAGCGUUUGUGGGAAAUGGAGAAGGCUCGACUCAUGCAUCUGUUGGGAACAGUUCUGGACAAGGAGCUGGAGGAGGAUGAUAUCUUUAUUAUCGAAGAUGAUCACGAGGAGCCGGUGUCGAAGAUCUCGCCUGCAGAAUUGCACGACCGCCUCCGUUUCCCGCUGUUUGAAGUUCUGAAGUACCCGUACCUGCUUUGCUACCGUGAUCUGUGUGAUUUGGUGGUAAAAGCCUUGUGUAAGCUGCAGGAUAUGAAGCAGUCUUUGACUGUGUUUGAGAAGUAUCAAGGAACUUAUCUGCUUCUCGUUCAUCCCAACAAACAGGUGCGCCGUUGGGCAAUCGAUACAGCAAAGACCAUGAAGAGUGUGGAUCGGGAUGCCUACUAUGACCUUCAGGAGAUUUUCUUUUGCAUGUUUUAUGUCAUUGAGCUUGGAAUAUCUUUGGACUUUCCAGAUUUGGAGCCAGAGUCUUAUGCAGGGGGCACUGUACAAAUGCUGCCCUCUCACCUCUAUGAUUCACAAAAUAAGAAGAACUACUGGCUAGGUAUCUGUAUGUUACUAACACAGCUCAGCGCUGAGGCAAUGGACUCCCUGUUCAUGGGACAGUUUAACAUCCCACUUUGCAUACUCAACACAAUGGAGGGGUUGAAAAAUGAGGACAAUCCAGCUUCUGACCCAUUCUGGCCAGCCCUUCACUGUUUUAUGGUAAUUCUGGACCGACUUGGUUCUAAGAUCUGGGGUCAGGUUGACCCUAAUAUGGCUUUCCAGACAAUCACUGGAGCAGCCAGCUAUGUUGCGGAAAUAAGGAACAUACAGAAAAAAACCAUGCGGGGCAUGGUUAAAGUGGAGCCUGAAUAUGAUGACAAUAUGGUGACUUGCAGUCAGAUGGUGUAUGACUGUUAUGCCUCCGAAAAACCAAACCAAGCAUCAGGUUCGUUGUCCAACAGUGGUAUUUCCAGCAACUAUAUGAUCUAUGAGGAUAUGCAGUCUCUUGUCACUGUGCUUGAUUCUGAAAUGGGCCAGAGCAUGCGUGUAUAUGGAAGCACUUUUCUAUGGUUCAUUCCAUUUGUCCGUUCCAUAAUGGAACUUCCAGAGCUCAACGCUUCCUAUAUUAGUGAAGUCAUCCACUAUCUUUGUGAUAAGAUACGAGAAAGUCGACACAUGCUAACCGGACAGACAAGCGUGUGCGAUAAAGUGACCGAGUUCUUCACUCGUAUUCUUAUUCAAAUUGUUGAGCUACAUUCUGCUGAAGGGCGAAUGGGAAUACUUUCUCGCUGUGCCCAAAAGUGGGUGGAAGAGAUCGUCUUAUGCAUUAUCCUAUUGGAUGAACCACAUGCACCACCAGACAGGAUGGGUGGGUUUUACGGAGUCAGUUCAACCUCAUACAACCCUGGGAUAGUCGGAAGACAGCCUGCAUCUGGAGGUGGCAUUGGUGCCAUAAUUCCUGGCUGCAUGAAACUGAUUCGACUACUGCUGAAAGAAGGGAUAAGGAGAUCUGUCCCAGGCUCAACCCUCUUUUUUAAUCGGCUUAUGCAAUUGCGUGGAGUUGCAAACAAACGAUGGAAUCUAACGCAUUCUGAAUCUGAUGAGCUUCAAAAGUGUUUGUUGAGGGUUGUCCGGUUAAUGCCAGAAAGACCUGCUUCUCAACUCUCUGUUGUUCCACCAUCAUGUGCACCAUCAGUGGAGGCAGCUACAAACACUGUUAUUUCCAGAAAUUCAGUACCAACCCUGCAUCAGCAACAACAUGAGGGCCAGGAGGGCCAGGAGGCAGGACCAAGCAGAGCAGGAGAUGCAUCUGCUUUUAUCAAAGAGGAGCCACUUUGGAAUUAUGGAAAUAAUAUCUCCGAGGAUAUCUGCAGCCGUCUUGAGGAAAUUGUAAAGGCUAAGAAAGAACCCCCUGACCCAGUGUCAAUUUCAAAGCUGAGAAUACCUGUUCAGUUGGAACGUAUUAAACCAGAUCUGGGUAAAGUGCAGGAAAUUCGAUCCAGAUUAAAUGAUAACCAAAAUUUGUCAAAGAUCAAAGCCAUUGCCGAACAAAAACCCGAUGAGUCCUUAAAACCUUUUCACUUGAAAUCAGUUAAAGUGGAAUGUGGUUUUGGAGCUGCUGAGGAGGAUGAUGACGAUGAACCCCUUGAUGUCAGACGAACCAGUUUGAUAAAAUCUGUCAACCACAAAGUUGAAUCUAGCGACUCCGAAAUUGACAGUAGUGCUGUUGGAAAAACUCAUAACAGGUCCAUGGGCAGCUCAACGCAAAAUGUGGAGUCCAGUACCAUUGUCAUCUCUGAUUCUGAUAAUGAUGAAGGGCCAGAUGACGUCCUAAGGUCUCCAGAAGAUCAUGUCUUGCCUGAGAGCCCGGGUCGUGAUUAUGAUGAUCUCAGUGAAUCACAGGUCUUUGAGUUUGAGACGCAGCAAUAUCUGCCAUCUUCUUGGAAUACUUCAGAUUUUGAUGCAUCAGUCUUGACGAAGAAGCCAAAAUCAGACCAACUACUCAAACCACAGGUGGAUAAAGCUCCCUGUGAAGCAUCUCCAAGUUCAGAGACUGAACUAAUUCCAGAGGAGGACAUUGAAAGGACCUGUCAGCAAGCAGAAGAUAAGAUCAUAGAACAGCAGCAGCAGCAGCCACAAGAGCCAGUGGAUUCAAGUGCAUCGUCACUGUCCAAAGCAUCCAGUACUGCAGAGAGCUGGGAUAAAUUUGGCAAACCAAAACCUCUGCUGGAUCAGAUAAAAGAACCGCAGCAGCUACAAGAGCCAACGGAUUCAUGUGCACCGUCACUGUCCAAAGCAUCCAGUACUGCAGAGAGCUGGGAUAAAUUUGGCAAACCAAAACCUCUGCUGGAUCAGAUAAAAGAACCGCAGCAGCUACAAGAGCCAACGGAUUCAUGUGCACCGUCACUGUCCAAAGCAUCCAGUACUGCAGAAAGCUGGGAUAAAUUUGGCAAACCAAAACCUUUGCUGGUUAAAAGUGCAAAAACCACUCCAUCGGAUAAGAAAAAGCCAUUGAUAAUUGAUGCCCUUGCUCUUAAAAUCAGGUGCCACCCCUGGAAACGCAACUCCACAUCUCAGGAUGAAGAGGAACCUUCCUCUUCAACCACUCCAUGUGGUACAUCUUCCUCUCCAUCAUCCAGCUGUGUUUCCUCUCCUUAUUUUUCUGCCCCCAGUUCACGUGGCACCCCUGCCAUUGUUCCGCCAAAGAAAGUGCGUAAAGUUGUUGAGCCAGAAUCAACAGCAGAGCGUUUGGGAUUAAAAAAGAAGGAAAGGAAAGCCUUUGAACUUUCUCAGCGUUCCCUGGAUUGUGUCGCUAAACUGAGGUGCCAUGGUCAGAAAGUCCAGGUAGAAUCACAACAGAAGAUAAGGCGAGUGCGUCGAGUCACUAAGACUUCUCCACAGAAACGUAUUGUAAAAGGCAACAAGAAACUUAUGGGGUCACAAGAUAUUCAGUUUUUCAAGCAAAUUCGUGAGAAGCAUCAGAGGCCAACAACAUUAGCUUCCAAACCAGCAAAGAUCAAUCAGCCAGGUGACGUGCAUUUGCCAGAACAUACAGUUGCAAGCAGUGAAGCUGGUGAUUUCUUUCCCUAUCCUCUGCUGGAUCCUGAUAAUGAAAAUGAUGAAUCAGAAAUCGGUUCUAAAGGUGAUUGGGUUGGAAGUGAUAAGAGAAUAGAAUCCAAGUACUUCCAAGCCAGUGAGACUGCUGAUGUAAACCAGGAAGAAAAACCUACUCUGACAUCGGAGGAUGAUGAAGAAUGGAUGGUCCUCACUCAGAUGGGACCCACUGAUAUGGAACUGUGCUCUCAAAUGGAGCCAUUGGAGGAAGAUGAAGAACUCUUUCUUACCCAGAGAGAUCCAGUUGACAUGGACAUUGAUCCAGAUAGUGAACCGGAUACCCCAGAGCAACCAGUGUUGACACCUAAACCUAUACAGACUCCUAUUGGUGGAAAUGAUGAUCAUUUGUUCUUGAAGCCUAGCAUGUCACCUAUGUCUCAGAAAAAGGCCAAACCUUCUACCACAAAAAUAUACACCCCCAGCUCUCGCAGUGCCUCACUUGUCCAUGAAAUGGAAAAAGUAGCUAAGCCUCUUGUUGCUAAUGUUGCAAAAGCGAAGAUUCCCCGACUGCCCCCAGCAAUGCCACCUCCAAAAACAUUUCAACCUCUCCAGCCUCCACAACUCCCAAAGCCACUUCCUUCACAACAAUCUCCUUAUGCUCCUUUGUUGGUCCAUAGUACUAAAAUAAGCUCUACCCCAGAUCCACCAUCUUACAAGGUAUACCAAAGACCUGAGACUCCACUUAACAAACCAGUACCUGCAAUGGAUCAGAGCCCAAAGUUUGACCUUUUGGUCUUGACCCAAGCAAUCCUUAAAUGGGAUUAUAGGAUGCUUGCCAACUACAAAGCAUUUGGGAGUCCAAAUGAUCUAUGCCAACUACCGCUGAAGAAGGUGCCAGUUAUGUUUCCCAGCUACAUGGAGUACUUCAACACCUUGUAUCCCCUGCUGCAAAUUAAUGCAUUUGAAGAGAUGGCUAGUGAAUGGCUCAAAGAGGGCCGAGUCCAGAGUCACCUAACAGUCCAGGGUAUAGAAUACAGCAAUCGCACAGCUAGUGCCAACUUCACAGCAAGCAUUUCUCAGGAAAUUGAUACGAAACAACUGUACCCAAAAGAAAGUGACCUUGUGCUACUUUGGUUGCCGGACAACACUGGAGCAUAUGCCCAUAAUGAACCUCAUUUCCAUGAACCACAUCCUCAUUUCGGUUAUGUGUCCCGGUCCAGUGUUUCUAAUAGAGGUCCAGGUUCCAAGUUAACCCUUAACUUGACGAUUCAAACUCGUGGUAAUGUAUCUUCGGUGAAUUCCCAACCUGUACUCUGUGAAGUUAUUGGGUCAUUGAUCAGCACUUUCCGGGAGUUCAAUGCACUGUGUUCGCUGCGAAAUGGACCAAUGUUGCGACCUCUUCUUAAUCCACAUGCAUCUUAUUUCACACACACUCUGGACAGCCCAUCGCACCUGGAUUCACCAGAGUUCAACAGGGACCAGGCAAGAGCAAUAGCUUGUGGUCUUGCCAUGAUACAGAGAACGCAUAAGACCCCAAGAUUUCUCCUUAUUCAUGGUCCUCCAGGAACCGGGAAGAGUAAAACCAUUGGUGGCCUGUUGUACAAACUUCUGUCUUCGGGUGCUAACAGUGCUGCUUCUGUGGGGAACCUUCACUCAAAGUCUCGAAGGACCCGUGUUCUUCUCUGUGCACCCUCAAAUGCUGCCAUCGACAGUCUGAUGAAGAAAGUCAUUUUGAUCUUUAAAGAGAAAUGCCGAAACAUCAAUGCUCCUCAAGGUAACUGCGGUGACAUAAACCUGGUACGAUUGGGAAAUGAAAGGACCAUGUCGAAGGCACUAAAACUUUUCAGCCUUGACUACCAGACUAAAGCUAGAGCACAGCGAGCCCAGCAAACUUUAGAAGCUGACAUAAACAGGCGGAAAGAGCAACUAGACCAAAACAUUGACAAUCUCUCCAAACGAUGUGCAAAGACGAAGAAGGAUUCUUCUGAAUUCAAGAUGUUGAUGGAGCAGAAGUUGCAGUUUCUGAAGGAGAGAGAAGGACUGAGUCGGCAGAUUAAAGAGUGUUGGAGUAGGCGACAGGAAAAUCAAGCUUUUGUGUUGCAAAAUGCUCAUGUGAUCUGCUGCACGCUCAGCACCAGUGGCAGUACUGUCCUCGAGAGCACUUUCCGUCGUCUCGGAAAUGAAAUGUUUAGCUGUGUCAUCAUCGACGAGGCUAGUCAGGCUAAAGAAACUGAGACUCUGAUUCCCAUGAUGUACCGAAGUCCUUCUGUAAUCCUUGUUGGUGAUCCCAACCAGCUUCCACCAACGGUUGUCUCCCAGAAAGCAAAGGAGUUUGGCUACGACCAGUCUCUUAUGGCAAGGUUAUGCAGAAGUCUUUGUCAGUCAAACCCGCAACCCUCUCCCAUCCUCCUGCUCAGCAUACAGUAUCGCAUGCACCCAGAAAUCUGUGAAUUCCCCUCCAAAUACAUCUACAACAGCGCUCUCAAGGAUGACUGUGAGACUGCUCAGAAGCGCUGUUCCCUCAGCUGGCCCUUCAAGCCCUACAAAGUGUUCGAUGUGACUGAUGGGAUAGAAAAGAAGGAGAAAGGUUCCUUUUCAAACAACAAAGAGGUCAAAUUGGUCUUGCUGCUGUUGAAGCUGCUGAUCAAGAAGCAGUCUGAUCGAGUGGGCAUCAUCACACCCUACAAUGCCCAGAAACAAUGCAUACUGGAAGCCAUCAGGAGUUCAGGCCUCGAUAAACAACUUCAGGUUGAUGUGGAUACUGUCGAUGGCUUUCAGGGCAAAGAGAAGGACUGCAUAAUUGUGUCUUGCGUGAGAGCCAGCAGUGAAACUGGUUCCAUUGGGUUUUUGGGAAAUCGGCAGAGAAUGAACGUUACCAUUACCAGAGCCAGAUUAAGUCUCUUCAUACUGGGACAUCUACGCACACUCAGGGAACAAAGUGAUUGGGGAGCUUUGAUUGAGGAUGCUAGGAGACGUAAAUCUAUAAUCAAAACCAUGCAAAACGAUUAUGAAAGUGACGUCAGGCAGAUUCUUAAAUCAGAAAGAGAGCCGGCGGCUCGCAGUCUCUCUUUUCCCCCAAUCAGCAGACCAAGCACUGUGACCACACCUGUUAUACAUGCACCUGUGGAAACGGGCCCCGCCCCUAUGCCCGUCCCCCAGCGUGACAUGAGCAACAUGCCGCGGCUAAUACCUCUGGAAUGCCCUAAUAACCCACAGAUCAAUGAAAGGCCCAGAGACCCACGGUUUGCAGAGCCAUGGCCAAUCAGAGAACGGAGACCAGACAGAGAUGGGCGGGGCUUACCCGGGUCACGCCACUCAACAAACAGAGCUAAUUCAUGUGAAGCUGACUCUAGACGUACUGGCCAAUGUUCCAGAUAUUCUUCAAAACACAGCGGUUCUUCACCUUCAAAACGACACAAGAGAUAAAUAAACUAUCCCUGCUUUUAUUUGUGCAUUAAGAGAUUUUUCUUCAUGUCUUCUCCAUGUUUUGAGUACCCACUGUGCACAAGGGUUUUUGUUAAACUCCUCUUUCUCCGGGCAAUGGCUUAACAAUUUGCUUGACGAAUUCGUUUGAUGGCAGUGCUUACCUAAUCUUGGACCCUUUCUCACCAUCUUUUGCUUCUAAAUGAAUAUUACACCUCUAUUUUAUGCAUGAAGAGGGAUGUUUGGUUGGUUUUGGAUUUAUUUUUAUUUUUUUUUGACCUUGUGCUUGUUUCUAGAAAAUAUAUAACAAUUUUUAUUUUUUUCUAUUUGAGUCUGUAUAGUUUGUCACUUUAUUUAAAUGUAACUAUGAUUUAAAUGUUUUUGCAGAUAUGGAUUUGGUGUGUAAAUGUGUUAUAUAUGAAUGCAGUGCCGUUUGUGUUUCACUGG